GGCAGUUUAUUGAACAAAAUUCUCACAGCGUUCAUUUCCUGGACUAUUAUGAAAGAAAAGACAUUUUGUUUUGGGAGGGCAACAGGUUUGAAAAACAUACAGAAAAUAUUUAUUUUUUAUACAAUACCUACAGUGAAUUAUCAAGAAAGGCUAAAUGAAGUGUGCAGUGUUUAAGCUGUGGAACUUAGUUACGAGGCAGCUGAGUUCCUCGUGUGACCGACUUUUUUUUUUUUUAUAUUUUCGAUUUCCAAUUGGCAGAAUGCUACUUUGCGUAAAAUGCACACAUGCCUCGGUUUCGUAAAGGCGAUCGGACAAACGGCCCCUGUCUCCCGCUUCUCAUCGUACAGUAGUUUCCUCACAGAAACCAAUUGCACCACAGCUCUGUUUCGGGGCAGCGUCAUGUUUUGUGACUGCAAUGGCCCUGUGGAGGGCGAUGGGCGGAUCUGGACGCAGAUGGCGCUGUUGGGCGUAUAUUUUGUUUCAGUCCCGUUUCCCUCCAUGGUUGUCUCUCCUCUCUCCGACUAACUUAGCGCUUGGCUCAGUUCAUUAUACAGUCCUAUAUUCUCCCUCCAUUAGGGCAUCUCUGCCUUUGGACUGAAGAUCCCAGCGAAACCCAGGAGAGAAAAGUUUCACUUGCACGGGGACGAGAUGGACAUGAACAAGAGGAUCCACUUGGAGCUAAGAAACAGGACACCGUCUGAUGUACGAGAACUCGUCCUCGACAAUUGUCGAUCACCUGAAGGGAAAAUCGAGGGCCUCACAUCCGAAUUUGUCAACCUGGAGUUCCUCAGUUUGAUAAAUGUCGGCUUAAUGUCAGUGUCCAACCUGCCUAAACUAGGAAAACUCAAAAAGCUGGAGUUGAGCGACAACAGAAUCAGCGGCGGCCUCGAUGUUUUAGCAGAGAAACUUCCCAACCUCACACAUCUAAACCUGAGCGGCAACAAAUUGAAAGACAUCAGCACAUUGGAACCAUUGAAAAAACUGGCCAACCUGAAGAGUUUGGACCUGUUCAACUGUGAAGUCACAAACCUGAACGACUACAGGGACAGCGUGUUCAAGCUGCUGCCCCAGCUCACCUACCUGGAUGGGUACGACAUGGAGGACAGGGAAGCCUCUGACUCUGACGGAGAGGUGGACGGUGUAGAUGAUAGUGAAAAUGAAGAGGGAGAAGAGGAGGAAGAUGAGGAUGGAGAGGAGGAGACCUUUGAUGAGGAAAGUGGAGAGGAAGAAAGCGGAGAGGAGGUAGAAGGAGAAGAGGAUGAUGAAGAGGUCAGCGGCGAAGAUGAGGAGGAAGACGUAGCUCAGGAUGGAGAAGUAGAUGAUGAGGAGGACGAUGAUGAUGACGAUGAAGACGCAGAGGCUGCCAAAGGUGAGAAGAGAAAGCGAGACCCAGAGGACGAGGACGAUGACGACGAUGACGAGGACGACGAUUAAGACGAGCAAAGCUGAAAACGAGAGCCUACCGAGUCACCCUCCCUCCCUCACAAACCCGAACGUCCGCCCUCUUACAACUCGCACCGCCUUUGUAAUCCAUGUCAACCCCCCCCCCCCCCAGCUCUGAGCUCUUUUAAUGGGGCAAGACUGUACCGGAUGGGUGGGCCGAGUGGAGCUGCCCCACCCUCAACCUCCUUCUCCUCUAUCUGUUUUCUUCUUUUUUUUUUGCCCCCCCCCCCCCCCCCCCCCCCCCCCCAAAUGGAACUGAGAGCCACCCAACACCCUCCACCUCACCGCCCCAUGGCCCCCAGAGGUUCUCAGGCAGCCCACCACUCAGCAUUCCACAAUUUCACUGUCAAUCCCUCUUUAUGUAUUCCCGUGUGAGAACUUUGGGACUGGUAUCUAGUUUUGGGUCUGUGCUUUUAAUAUUUUGUUGGAUGAAUUAUUUGUUUUCUUGUUGGGUUCAUUAUUUCUCAUUUUUUUGUCUUUUAUUAUUAUUUUUUCUGUUCCUUAUUUUU